AUGCUUUGGUCCUACAACUUUUACUGUCAAGAUAUAAAACCUGCUGCUGCAUUACUUCAGCUUACUGCUUGGGGAACACUCGCGAUCAUGCCAGUUACGGGCGACACAUUUCCAACUCACAUGAUAUGCAUUCUGAUUGGAAAUCUUGGAGCAUCCGUGACGGAAGUUGUAAGCGAUGCUGUUGUCACGGAGUUCAGCAGAACACAGAGGACCGGCGUGCUGCAAUCUUAUGCCUUCAUAGGUCUGGCAGCUGGAGCCCUCCUAGGAAACUUGUCGGGUGGAUACGUUCUGUUGAGAACUCAGGAACCAAAGAUUAUGUUCACAGCAUUCUCUGUCCUCCUUGGCCUCCAACUAGCACUCUCCAUAGGCACAAAGGAAACACUGCCAAGCUCCCAUGGAAACUCCAGAAGCCUUCUUGUCAAAAGCUCUUUGCCGGCGAAUCUUCGUAAGCAAUUCUCAAACCUGAUGACAGCGGUCCGCGAGGAAAGGAUAUUCUACCCACUUGCAUGGAUCAUGACCUCGUUUGCCGUCGUGCCUGUUCUCUCUGGAACCAUGUUCUGCUUUCAAACACAGCAUCUGAAGCUCGAUUCAUCGAUCAUCGGUCUUUCGAAGGUCAUGGGACAGGUCAUGGUCGUCUCCCUAACCGUCCUCUACAACCGCCAUCUCAAAAGGAUCCCUUUGAGGCGCCUCGUGUGCGGAGUUCAGAUAAUGUAUGCUUUCGCGGUGCUGUCAGAGUUGAUCCUAGUGAAGCAAGUGAACCUUAUGCUGGGGAUACCAAAUGAGGUAUAUGUGCUUUGUUUCUCGGCUCUCGCCGAAGCGAUCGCGCAGUUCAAGGUCCUGCCGUUCUCGAUCUUGUUGUCAAGCCUCUGCCCCCCUGGCUGCGAAGGUUCGCUCUUCGCCUUCUUCACCUCUGGAUUGGUCUUUUCAGCGAUUCUAAGUGGUGUGUUUGGGGUUGGACUGUCUGCCCUGAUUGGGCUGUCCUCUGGGGGCUACUCAAGCUUGCCUCUGGGUAUUCUGCUGCAAAGUUUGGCCGCAUUGUUGCCUUUGGCGUGGCUGUCUUUUGUGCCUGAAAACUGGACUGCCGACGGGAAGAUUGUAAAGCAAAGAUGA